CAAAAACCAUACCCACAUGAGUUCACUGUAAACUAAAGCACCCACCUAAAGCUAGGUAAAAGACUUAAAACACACACCAAAUAUCUCUCCAUUUCCAGCACCGCCCUAAAGCCUACGCGAUGAAAAUCAAAUCAGUGAAGCUAAGGGAAGCCCACGAGGUAAGUUCCAAUGCUUCUUUCUGCUCCAUCUUGUGGGAUCUCCAAGCCCACCACUUGGUCACUGCGUCAUCAUCUCAACCCUCUAUCUCUAUUCACGAUCCUCUUCUUCAUUCGAGUCCGCCUCGGGUUCUUCGCCACCACCGAGAUGGGGUCACUGCCUUGGCAAUCAGUCCCAAUUCUACCUGUCUUGCUUCCGGAUCUAUUGAUCAUUCUGUUAAGCUCUAUAAAUUCCCAGGUGGGGAGUUUGAGACUAAUAUUACCAGGUUCACGCUGCCUAUUCGUGCACUUUCUUUUAAUAAAUCAGGGAGUAUGCUGGCAGCAGCUGGUGAUGAUGAGGGCAUUAAACUUAUUAAUACAAUUGAUGGCUCAAUUGCUAGGGUUCUUAAAGGGCAUAGAGGGCCUGUCACAGGCUUAGCUUUCGAUCCUAAUGGUGAAUACUUGGCAUCAAUUGAUUCAAUUGGGACUGUCAUAUAUUGGGAACUUCAAUCUGGAAGAACAUUAUAUACCCUCAACGGUGUAGCUCCAGAUACUGGUUCGGAUACUUCGGUUUUAAAUGUACUUAGCUGGAGUCCUGAUGGGGAGACUUUAGCAGUCCCGGGUAUGAAAAAUGACAUAGUGAUGUAUGAUAGGGAUACGGCUGAAAAGUUGUUUACUUUGAGAGGCGAUCACACGCAGCCAAUAUGUUUCAUGUCGUGGUCACCUAAUGGGAGAUACAUGGCCACUUCUAGCUUGGAUAAGCAAGUUUUGAUCUGGGAUGUCAAGAGGAAGCAGGAUAUUGACAGGCAGAAAUUUGAUGAGAGAAUAUGUUGUAUGGCAUGGAAGCCAAUUGGAAAUGCUCUGGCUGUCAUUGAUGUCAUGGGAAAGUAUGGAGUGUGGGAAUCAGUUGUUCCAUCCUCAAUGAAGUCUCCUACUGAAGACAUUCCGAUUUCUCAGACACGGAACAGUAAUGGCCUCCUGUUUUUUGAUGAGGAGGAUCAGGACCUCAGCAUGUCAGGUAGUUUAAGUGAUCUUGGUGAGGAUAGCCAUGGUGAGUCUGAGCCUCCUAGCAGAAAAAGAUUGCGGAAGCAGUCUGUAAUCGAUGAUGAUCAGCACGAAUAUGUUUAUGAUGAGUUAAACUUGGUUCGGAAAACUGAACCUCAGAGAAAAGUGCCUCGUGUUAACAAGGAAAAUUCAGAAAAAGAAAAAGAUGCAUUAAAAGCCAUGACGGCAUUUAGACCAAAAAUGCAGGAGGCUUUUCAGCCAGGUUCAACACCACCGCAACCUGGAAAAAGGCAUUUCUUGUGCUACAAUAUGCUUGGAAGUAUAACUACAAUCAAACAUGAUGAAUAUUCCCAUAUAGAGAUAGAUUUUCAUGAUACUAGCACAGGUCCACGAGUUCCACCAAUGACUGAUCAUUAUGGUUUCACAAUGGCGUCACUAAAUGAAAAUGGUAGUGUUUUUGCAAAUCCAUGCAAGGGUGAGAAGAACAUGAGUACUCUUAUGUAUCGACCAUUUCGCAGUUGGGCAAAUAACAGUGAGUGGUACAUGCGGUUUGAAGGUGAAGAAGUAAAAGCAGUCGCACUUGGUUCCACUUGGGUAGCUGCAGUUACAAGUCUUAAUUUUCUUCGAAUCUUCACCAAUGGUGGUUUGCAGAAACAUAUUCUUUCACUUAAUGGGCCUGUGGUGACUGCAGCAGGUUUCAGUAAUGAGUUAGCCAUCGUCACCCAUGUUUCUGAUUGUCUUCCUUCUAAUGAGCAGAUGCUAGAGUUUACAUUAUUCAACAUUUCUAAAGGAACCCAAGUCUUCAAAGGUCGUCUUCCGUUAACUCCUGGUUCAUAUUUAACAUGGUUUGGGUUUAGUGAAGAAGGCCAGAUAACCUCUUAUGAUUCUAAGGGUAUCCUAAGGGUUUUCACAAGCCAAUAUGGUGGCACUUGGCUUCCUCUUUUCAGUGCCAGCAAAGAGAGGAAAUCUGGUGAGAAUUAUUGGGUGGUCGGGUUGAACGCAAGCAAGUUGUUUUGCGUCGUUUGUAAGAAUCCAGAUACAUUCCCACAGGUGCUCCCUAAACCGGUUCUUACCCUGUUAAACCUGUCAUUUCCUCUUGCAUCCUCUGAUCUUGGGGAAGAAGCCCUUGAAAACGAGUUUAUGCUGAACAACCUGAAUCUCUCACAGAUUCAAAACAGAAUAGAAGUUACAGCUGUUGAGGGCUUGGACACUAGUAGUCUUGAUGACGAGGCUUUUGACAUAGAGGCAGCACAAGAUCGAUGCAUCUUCCGGCUCAUCGCAUCCUGCUGCAACAGUGACAAACUUGUGAGAGCCAUUGAACUCGUGAAGCUUUUAUCUAUUGAGAAAUCGGUUAGAGGUGCAAUACAACUUGCCACUGCUUUGAAGCUUCCUAUUUUGGCCGAACGAUUCAAUGAUAUACUGGAGGAAAGAUUGAGAAAUAAAGCUGAGGUUUCAAACACCACUGCUCUCAGUUCAAAACAUGAUCCUGCAACCAAAAGAAGUGAAAUUUCGGAACCAAUUGUUUCAUUAUCUUCAGCUAAACUAUCAGCUCCUCUGUUUACAAAGAAAGUAAAAUCUUUGGAUAGAGUUAAAUUUGGAAAGAAAAAAACAGACAGUGAUCAAACUACAAAUCUAGAGGACAGCAAGGAGGUUAAGGACGCGGAGAAGAAUGGUGGAUCUAGCCAUGUGUGUAGUGUGAAAGAGGUGAAGAACUUAGAAACUCUAUGCCCUUCGAAUCUGUUUUCAAAGUUACCUAAUAUUCAGGAAGGAAAGAAGGUUGAAGAAGCGACGCGAUCUCAGUCCGAAGGUCCAUCAAAUAAGUCCUCAAAUGAGGAAGCAAAGAAGGUUGUAGGAGAAGUAACAGGGAAACAAUGUCAGCGACCUAGUAAUCCAUUUUUGAAGUCUAAAGUGAAGUAAAAGUUAUUUGUUAGUUUUACUGGAAGCAAGGUCUGGUUCAGGCAAGAAAGGUGAAACGGGCAUAUCCUAUGAAUUCCCAUCCUAGGAGUUGUUUUGAUUAAUGGUAUAACAGCAAGUGACAUAUUGUCCGUUAAAUUAAAGCAGACAUUGUUUCCUUGGCUAACUAGCAUCUCAUAAAUGUGAUUAUGUUGUGUUCAGAUAUGCUUAUUGAUACCAUGUAAGGUGUAUGAGGUUUAAUGGUUAAAGGAAUAAUGUCUCAUAAGUUGAUGUGGAUAGUGAUAUUUUAAAUAUUAAAGUUGGUUUUGGGUAUUAGUGAUGUGA